CGAUUUAAAUAUAACUUUCAAUAAUAUGUUAUGAUUUGUAUUAUAAAUUACUUACAUUUUUCACAUGAUGGACGAAAGUCAUUUAACCGAGUUAAACAUGUCCGAAGAAGUGUACGAUACAGACCAAUUUUUUACUACCGAUAACCAAAACUCUGAAAACUUUGAUAGCAAUUUAGAAUUAAAUUCGGAACAGUUAGAACAUGUUGACGAGAAACAAACAGAAGCUGUUAUAGAAAAGAAAACUCCACCGCAGAGGAAUGAAACAACGCGUACAAAGUUACCAAUUGCAAGGAUAAGAAAUAUAAUGAGAAUGGAUCCAGAUGUGAGCAUCGUACAUAGUGAUGCUGUAUUUUUAGUUACAAAAGCAACCGAGUUAUUUUUGGAAACAAUGGCAAAAGAAGCACACACAUAUAUGUCACUAAACAAAAGGAAAACUAUUGCCAAGAAAGAUUUAGACCAUGUCAUCAACAAUGUAGAUUGCUUGUGCUUCCUUGAAGGUGCAAUGGACUUCUGAAAU